GGACCGGCGCCAGCCGCAGCCCGCCUCUUACAGCCUGUCGCGACUGCUCUACCGGCCCCUCAGAGAUUCCCCAGAAGGCAGUGGAGAGGGGGAAGAAGGGGGUCUGGGGGCUGUCUCCCAGAGUCUAUUUAGCUGGGGAAUCUUCCUGCCUCCGCCACCCCUGACAGCCGGACGCCGGAAAAGACUCGGGUCCUCCCUUCACCCUCACCCCAGCACCAUGGAGACUGGUCGCACAGGCCGCCUGGCACAUCAUGGCUGCUUCUGUCCAAACUGCGCGUCCCAAGGCGCCCUGAGGGCGCACGCCGAUUGGGGGAACACGCUGGCUUUGGGAUUCUGACAUUGGAAAGACCACUUGUAGUCCUGAGGCCUGCUGGCCUGGCUGGCCCUGAGGAGAAUUGGCUAUGGCAAGGAAGGCGGGCUGUGUCUCCAGGAGAGGGCCUGUGAGGGACAGAGGCCGCACCUGUGUGUUUUGGGUUCUGAUCCUGGCUAGUGAUUUGGCUGAACGGAGGUGGGCCUUCGAGGUCCCCACACUCACACCAGCAGGCCAACCUCUAGGUUGGCGGAAAUGGAGGAAGUGGACGGGUAGCCCAGGGCAAGGGUAGACUGUGUGACCCUAUUCGCCAUCCUGCCCCCGUUGGAGGAAACUGAAAGGCUACGUGUGCCUCCUGGUCAUUCAAAUUGUCAAUUUUAGGUCCAGAAGUGUCCAAACUACAACUUCUCAAAACUCUGAAAAAUGGCUCCCUCCAAGUUAAGCAAUUCUGAAAGGCAUUCUCUGGGAAAAGUCUGUGAAGGAGAGAGGGAUCUUCUUGCAAAUAAUGUGGUCUCAGGCAAAGACACAGCAUCUUGGUUGUCUGCUCAAAAAAAAAAAAAAGCCUAAACUCUUGGUGGAAAUUGAGUGUCAAGCUGCAAAACCUCAAAUGGCAGAUUAUCAUCAUUUAAGGUAAAUACUUAUAUUUCCUUUGUGGGGAGGAAGGGUUUGGAUAAUUUAGCUCCAUGUUGGAUAUAGAGGUAAAAUGGAUGUCUUUCUUUCAUUUGCUUUUAUAUCCAGAAAAGGAAGAGAGGACUGAGAUAAUUUUUCUGAUAUUCCAGGACAAAGUGGCACUUUUGCCCAAAAUGAAUUGAUUAUUAAGGUAUUUGUGAGGUUUAUAAAACCAAAAUCAUCGGAAGUAAUCCAAAUGAUUAUGCCAUUUCUUUGCACUGUUUUGUCUGCUUCAGGUUUGGCCUUAAAAGAAGCUUGUUAUAACAGCUUGGAAAAAUCUCACUUUGUGUUUCAAAAUCCUGCAUUGUCUGCCCUUUGCUAGGGCAACCAUAAGAGUUCACUGAGAGGACAAAUUUUCUAUCUCAUUAAUUGUCUUUUUUAAAGGCAAACCAUGCUAGCCCCUCAAACCCUUGACCUUUAAAGACAGUAUUUUGUGUAAGCUCUAUAAUUCUCCUAACAAAAUGACCCUUACACAUGCUCUCCUGUUCCCUCCCUUUUCCUCUCUCCCUUCCUUCAAUACACACUCAUCUGCUUUAGUCAUAGAGCCAAGUUGUGCAUGACUUUGGAGAUAAAAGUUUUGUCAACAUCUGAAAUCAACCUAAAUAGGAUAGGAGACACUUUAAUGGUCACAGUUUGAAUUAAGUAUUUAACACUCUCCCCCUUGAAGAAAAAUGGCACUUUGCAGGCUUUCUUCCCUGAUUUUGCUGAAAUCUACGAUAUACCCGGUGUUUUAUUACAGCAGGAAUUCAACUGUGACAGGCAUAGUAGAGUACUUAAUACCCAAGAUGGAGCUCUUGGGAAGAUUACCUAGAUAUAUGGGGACAGGCCUACCGCAGUGUCUCUGCCUUUAUAUCCACCUGUCCCAAGGUGCCCCUUUCCCCCCACUUCUCACCCUUCUCCCCAUAGGGUGGGUAUCAUCAUCUCUCCUGCAUCCACCUGUUCCCCUGAGCUUCCAAAUCUGUUGUUCUUGUCACUGAUGGCUAUUUUCUAACAGUUCCAGCACAGAAAUAGAUCAGGGACUCUUUAAAAUGGAAGGAAAGAAAAAUCCCAAAGAACAAAUGCAAUAGAAAUCUGAAGUGCCCCAUUCAAAUGCAUAGGUUCUGUGUACGAAAUAGGCUACCCUCAGCCAGGCUUGGUCUCUACAUACCUAGGCACACUCCUAUGUUGAAGAACAUAGGUUCAACCUUUUCCAAGUGCUGCUCCUGGCAACCCUUCUCUAUAUUACACACUGGAGAAAAAUUGCUUUGUACCUCAAAGAGUAUGGGCUGGAAACAACAGAAGGAGGAGGAGAUGUGUGGUUUAUCUCCUUGGUAGCAUCAGGGAGGUGGCUGGGGCUGUCAGGAAAUCUAGUCUGCAGCUUCUGGCUUGGAACUCUUGGCAUCCUUCUUCUGAAAGUUCCAGACUUAUGAAGCAGCCCUUUUCUCUCUAGGAUUGAAUUUUGAAGAUGAAAGAGAUCCCAAAUUGAAAGAGACCUGGAGACCAUUUUUGAUCAAUCUUUUCAAUUUACACAAAUGAGGAAACUGAGGCAGCUGAAUAAUCUCCCAUCCUGAUGUUCCUUGUGUAAAUGAGUAGGUAGGUUGAGUAGGGCCUUUGCUCUCACGGAAGAUGAAAGUAAGUACAGGCAUUUUCCCCUCUGCUGAGGUUAUUCUUCCAGGAAUGGAAGGUAUACAUUUAGGCUUAUACUUGAUGUGCAAGGCCACAGGUGUGUAUAGCCUGGAAGAAGGUAAGUUCUUGCCUGAUGCACUAUCAAAGCUGCCCUGGUAUAUUAUGUAACCAAACUGCCCUACUCUUGGUGAUCAGACAGGUGGUUGACUGCUAGAUUCAGAAUGUGAUGGAUGUCAGGGUGCCAGAGAGAGCAGUGGGUUCCCCACUGUCUACAAUGCAGAAUAACCAAUUUCAUUUUCUCUCUUGUUACUUCCUCGGCAGUCACUUGCUGGAUCAGGGCAAGGGUGAAUGCACUCCUGAAGCCUGGGGAGCAAAAAAGCCAAACAAGGAUCCUGGCUGCAGCUGAUAAAGGUGUAGCGCCUGUUCCAGGGAGAUAUUGAAAUUGUAAUCUUUGAGAUCACGUGACUCAUUAAAUAAUUAAUGCAGAUCAUCAGGAAUGGAUCGGAGUCGUCAGGGCCUCACUAGGAAUGAAUCUCUCAGAAGUGAGACUCCAACUUCCUAUUUGAUUUUUAAAUAUAUAACUCUCAAAUUUAUCUCCAAAGGUUUUUAACUCCUUCAGGAAGGCAGGAAAGAACCCUUCAGCGUGGAGAACCAGAGCUGGCAGGCCCUUGCUGGGUCCUGGGGCUUUUCUUUUCUUCAGGGUUUCUGCGGGUCCAGGGAGCACACUGCAUCUGGUGAAACGUGAGUUCGGGCUUGUGCUUUUUGCGGUCACAUCCUGGCUUUGGUGAUGAAGUAGGACGGAUGCGCAGACAGUUGGUAAUGUUCUGAUUCACGCUGGGGAAGGCUGCAGAGAUACCACAGGACGGGCGAGCGGCUUUGUUCAAUUUUCCCGGCAUUCAUAAAUCACCCGCGCUGGGCAAGCUAGGGAGCAAGCCAACGCCAAAAACGUAGAGAGGGGCCACAGCAGUGGUGGCAUCCGUUGUAGAGCAAGAGACCUAGGCAACAUCUUUCUGUGAUUUAUUAGUCUAAAAGAUUUAUGGGGAACAAUAGCCAUGAAUAUCAGACUUGGGAAUAAGGAAAUAGCAAUAAUAAUAAUAAUUGCAAUACUCCUAAGCCUGGAGCAGGGUGGUGGUGGUAAGUCCUGGCAUAACGUGUCUCUUUCUGGGGUGAAGUUGAGUGGCAAAGUGCAAGAUGGCUGAACUCCACCCUGCUCAGGGUCACAUAGGAGCCCUAAGGACAAGGGCAGUCCCAAUGAAGGCAACAGUGAGAGUUUGAACAAGAGAAAGGGGCCCAGCAUGGUUUCUGAGUCCCAAGUACCAGACUAAGAGUAAAGGCUGUGAGUCUAGUAGUGGCAGAAGGCAGCUGCCAGUUUGCUGCUACUUGUUCAGCAUGCUAGAGGGCUGUGAAACCAGGGGUCAGGAGGCUUGUCAGCUAUUUGGUAGUCCCUCUCAGUGCUCUCAGCAGGAUUACAUGGAUGUAGGAGACAGUGGAGGACGAAUUUGAACCAAGCUGCAAUGUGGGAAGUUAUCUAGGUCUGGAUUAAAGAGGAAUGGAUUCAGGGUUAGGGCUGUAGAAGCAAAUGCCCUGUGGAGAGUCCAAGUAGAGGGUAGAACUUCUCGCAGCCAGAGCCCAGAGCUCUGGGAUGAUUCUCUGUUCCUUCCCCAGCAACUCUCACCCCAGAAAGUUGGCUGAGGUCUCUACAACCCAUGAUUGCUGGUAAAAGUGUAAGAGAGUUGCAAAUAUUGUUACCAAUGAGGUUGAAGCAGUACUACAGAGUUGAGCCAGCUUGUGGCUGUUGUGCAGGGCAGGGCAGGGCAGGGCAGGAGUAGGCCCCCUAAUCUAAUACUGGAAUAUUAAUAUUGCCCAGAGCCCUGGCUUUGCCCAUUUCCAGCAGAAGUAUUUGACUGGCUCUGAGAAGUGAGUGCUUGGGUAGUCCUGCCAGCCCACCAGAACCAAGAAGUGGCUGGUCUAGUACUUGAAUGAACCUGAGGACAAAACCUCCCAAGACUGUCUCUGGUUUGUGGACUGAGCUGGGGUCUGAUUUCGCGCCAACAGAAAUGAACGCUAUUAGUGAGGUUUCUGGAGAGUCUGUGAUUGAAUGCUUCCAGACAAGGCUUCCCUUUGUUAGCAAAAGAAAAUAAAGCGUGCAUUCACAUUCCCCAAGUCGGGGUGCCCGAGGAGCUCUCCCAGAGGAACCAAUGCGACCAGCAAAGCCUCUUCACCUCUCUUCCUUCUCUGUCCAUUUUCUUCUCCCUCCUCUCCCAAAAAAGAAAGAAAAAGGAGAGAGUGUGGAUGUGGAGAUGGAGUAUGUAUUUAUUUUACAGAAAUAAAUCACCAUCUUCGGGCCAUUUGUAGACUGGAACAUUUCGAGCUAUGAACGCGUCGCAUGGACGAGUGCCCUGGCGACUCCUCCGUGUCGGCGUCACCCCCGGGGCCACCCUGGCGCCCGCGCAGGCCGCAUUUCCAACUCCGAUCAUCCGACUCCCUUUCUUCGCAGCGACCGUUCACCCUCUGCUGUUUAUUUGUCCACAGACCGCCUGGACACCGGAAAAGGAGAUUCCCUGAGCGCCUGGAGUUGGAGACAAUUCCUGGUUCAGAUUUAAACAUCUUUGGAGGUCUGCGGCAAGCGGCCAUUGGCGGCGGAGCGUCACGUGACCUCGGGGGCGUGCCAAUGUGCGCCCUUACGGGUGUCAAGCCCCUGUCAGAGUGUGCGAUCAAGAUUGUGAGACAACGCGAUGCAAAAAGCGACCUACUACGACAGCGCGAUCUACGGUGGCUACCCCUACCAGGCAGCCAACGGUUUCGCUUAUAAUGCCAGUCAGCAGCCAUAUGCGGCAUCCGCCGCUCUGGGCUCUGAUGGCGAGUAUCACAGACCUGCUUGCUCACUCCAGUCUCCCGCCAGCGCAGGGAGCCAUCCAAAGGCGCAUGAACUGAGCGAAGCGUGCCUGCGUACCUUGAGCGGCCAGUCCAGCCAGCCCCCAGGCCUGGGUGACCCGGCUCUGCCCCCACCGCCACCCCAGGUUGCACCCCCUGCCCCACAGCCACCCCAGCCCCCACCGCAGCCCCCUGCACCCACCCCUGCGGCUCCCCCGCCCCCUUCUUCUGUCUCCCCUCCUCAGAAUGCCAAUGGCAACCCCACCCCUGCCAGCGCAGCCAAGAGCCCCCUGCUCAACUCGCCCACCGUGGCCAAACAAAUCUUCCCUUGGAUGAAAGAGUCGAGGCAAAACACAAAGCAGAAAACCAGCGGCUCCAGCUCAGGAGAGAGCUGCGCUGGUGACAAGAGCCCGCCUGGGCAGGCUUCAUCCAAACGCGCACGAACAGCCUACACGAGUGCGCAGCUGGUGGAACUGGAAAAGGAGUUCCACUUCAACCGUUACCUGUGCCGGCCGCGCCGAGUGGAGAUGGCCAACCUCCUGAACCUCACAGAACGCCAGAUCAAGAUCUGGUUCCAGAACCGCCGCAUGAAAUACAAGAAGGAUCAGAAGGGCAAGGGCAUGCUAACGUCAUCGGGGGGCCAAUCUCCAAGUCGCAGCCCCGUGCCUCCUGGCGCUGGUGGCUAUCUGAACUCUAUGCAUUCGCUGGUCAACAGUGUCCCAUAUGAGCCCCAGUCACCCCCACCCUUCUCCAAGCCCCCACAAGGCACCUAUGGGCUGCCUCCCGCUUCCUACCCUGCACCCUUACCCAGCUGUGCCCCACCGCCACCCCCACCCCCACAGAAACGCUAUGCAGCGGCAGGGGCAAGCGCAGGGGGCACUCCUGAUUAUGACCCGCAUGCUCAUGGCCUGCAAGGCAACGGCAGCUAUGGGACCCCACACUUACAGGGAAGCCCCGUCUUCGUGGGGGGCAGUUAUGUGGAACCCAUGAGCAAUUCCGGGCCAGCACUCUUUGGCCUAACUCACCUCCCCCACGCCACCUCUGCUGCCAUGGACUACGGGGCUGCUGGGCCACUGGGCAGCGGUCACCACCACGCGCCAGGGCCGGGGGAGCCACACCCCACCUACACGGACCUUACCGCCCACCAUCCUUCUCAGGGAAGAAUUCAGGAAGCUCCCAAGCUCACCCACCUGUGAUGGUGGGCUGGGGCUGCGUGCCGGGAGAGUCCCCCCCCCCACCUUUUUCUUUCUUUCUUUCUUUCUUUUUAUUUUUUAAAUGUUUUUCCUGCCCUUCCCUUUUCUCUCUCCUCCGCUCCCUUCCCCCGCCCCCCCCCGUUUUGUUUUCUUUGGUAAUGCAUUUUUAUAGUUUAUGUGACGUAGCAAUUUUGGUUGCUGGAAUGGCUGUCAGUAUCAGUAGCGAUAUUUAUCUCUUCCCGCCCCUCGCUUGGCCACUGGCCCUGCGCCCUUUACCUUCUUCAUUCUUUGAUCAGAAACAGGGUAUAUGAACAAAUUUUCUAGUCGAGUUUUCAAAUGUGAAUUUGUUCGUACUUUAUGGUUCCCGAGGGGGAGCGAUUACUUUUUAUUUUUUUUUUAUUUUUAGUUUUUUAAAUUGCACUUCUUGUAAAGAGCGAGAAAAAAAAUCAAAGGCGCUUUGAAACAGGGGCUCCCUGUACAAGGAUGACUAAGUGUACGUCUUUCCGUGUGUGUAUGCUGGUGAACAGUCAGAUUUAUUUAUAUUUUUUUUGCAAGCAUUGAAUAGUCUAAGUUUUAAAUAUUAUUUAUCCCCAUCCGUUCGUAUUUAUAUUAAAGAAAUUCUGUACCCUGAUUGUUCAGAAGGUUUUCUUGGGCCUUUUGUUCAAUGGUGUAUUGGCGUACUUAUAAAAUUUUUAUUUGAAAGGGAAAUAUAAUUCCUUGAUAAAACGGUAAUGAUGCAAUAAACCAGAGAGGAUCCAGCGUUUGAAAACAGUGAUUUAGGUUUGUAACAUCCGGCAAAACUGAACAACCAAUCUGUAAACGCGAAAAAUGCUAAGAUUUGUUUUGAGAGUUCUACAUUCCUUGCUGCUCACAUUCUGAGAACAAAACAAAAAAUAAAAAAUAAAGUUUUUAUUCUGAUUAA